AUGUCCUGGGUUUAUGUGUCGGGAGAGAACAUUCUGCUGAAACUGACACCUGAUUUACAGCUGAACCAGGUGGUUAGCACUGGACCAGUGGAUGACAACAACAAGUGUCUCCCGGCCCCAUCAGCCUGCCAAAUACCUCGCAUUCCAACCGACAAUUUUGGGCGCGUUUUGGAAAUAGGAGACAAUUUGUUGGUAUGUGGAUCUGCCAGACUUGGCCUGUGCAGUGUGCAUUCGAUGGCCAAUAUCAGCGUGUCACGAGACCUAGAUCCAACCAAUCAGCGAAAUUAUGUUGGCAGCAAGAAUCGAACAUUUGCUUUCUUUAGCAAGAGUACAUCUGCAAAUACACGUGAUCGUGUUUUGUAUGCUGGGGUCACGUAUGACAAUAGACCUAUCAAUCUCUCCUCAAAAAUGUUUGCCAGUCGAGUGUUGCGGCAAAAGAAUGAAAAAUACGAGUUUGAAUAUCUCCUCCAUGACAAGACUAUGCAAUGGGUAUCAGCAUUGGACAUUUCCAGUCAAAUAAAACAGAUGUAUUUGAUACAGACAAUAUAUGGGUUUGAACUCCGGAAUUUCGUCUACUUCCUUACAGUUCAGCGUGAAAGUUUGGACUCUGUGAACUACCACACGCGUCUUGGACGAGUGUGCCAGGGAGAUCAUUAUUAUUUGAACUACAUGGAGAUUCCUCUGCAGUGCAGGAAACAUGGUGUUCUUUACAACAUAGCGAUGGCAGCGUGGCUUCACCAGGUGGAGAGUGUGUACUCAGCAGAAGACUUGGGGACACGCCUGCGGGAGAACCUUCUCUACGUGACAUUUGGAAAAAGCCAUCCAGGAUCAAGCUUUCCAGAUCCGAGGUUUGGGUCUGCCCUAUGCGUCUACCGCAUGAGACACGUCGUGCCAGCUUCAUAUCUCAGCUAA